UGACCUACUAAACUACAUACACGUCCUUGUUUACUCGCGUCUUUUUACUCUACCAAUAGGCCGCCUAAAGUAUGAUAAGAUUUUGAACGAGGAACCUGGUACAGUCUUCUGUGUCUCGACAUUUCAUCGUGAUGGCUAAUCCUCAACCGCAAGCCGAUGAAAUCUACAAUAAGAAGAAGCAUUUCGCUAAAGGGUAAGGGCUGAAAUAUUAAUAUACCCUUGUCCCACCGGAUACAAACUACUAUGGGAAAUGCUGUUAGUAAUCUUUUGCGGAAGAAACAUGCCAGUAAAGGAUUAAUAGAUGUCUCUCUCAUGGUAGCAAACGCAGGGCGCAUGGACACUCUUCUCCAAACCACCACACGUGAUGUGAAAUUCUACGUGGUCCUUGUGUUACUUAUAAUAUGUGUGGUACUACAGCUGAUUCUAGCCUGGAUGCUUUGGUUUGAUGCUAUGUACGGCCAUGUUAAGAUCGGCCCGGCUCCUAAACAGGAAGACUACCAAGAUGACGAAGAAGAGUUCGCAAAGGAAGCAAAACGACACAUAAAAAAAUUGAAAAGGAAAUUGUUGGCAGAAAAACUCUCUAAUGGUUCCGAGCUUGUUCUACUUCUUAUUCUUGUUCUCAACAUUUUCAUCACAGCAUUUGGAGCAAAAGUUGCAUGAUGCGAACACCGUACGUUAUAUAUUGACGUUACAUAUAUCUUUUAAUUCAGUCACUAUGGAAAACAGGUGAAGACAUUCUGGAUGUCCCUUUCAAGUUACCCUGAGCCUUCUUCAUAUAUUCUCGCAGACAACAUUGCCCACUAGGGGGGGGGG